GAACCAUCUCAUCCGGGGCCCCGAAUUCGGUAAUGGCGGGUGUCGGCCCUUAGUGUCCCUCUCAAUAAUCUCCGUUUUGAUCGUUUCUCAGGUGAUAUGAACGCUCUACCAUGCUCUCUGGCGCCUGGAGAACCAUUUAGCUGUGAAAGAUGCAGAAUGUGGUGCGUGGGAGUCUCGGGAACAGCGGCAAAGAGAGGUUAUUACUAGAGGGCGAGAAGAAGGUUGACUCUCCGCCUUCACAAAGUAAUCAUCCGGAUAAUAAAUGCCAGGCGUAUGCGGACCUCCAGGACAAAUUCUUCACGGUAUCCGGCGAGUCUGAUAGCGAAGACGGUGAGGGAUCGGAGGUGGAGCUGUAUACCCUGGGUGAGGGGGAGGGGGAGGAGGAGGAGGUGGGUGGAGCUGGUGGCAGUGUCCGCAACAAGUUCCUGUUGUCCGCAGCAGCCCAUGCCACAGCAGCCACUCCUGAGCUUGGAGCUGCCACACAUCACACCCAGCCACAUUUUGAUCCAGACACACACUCUCGACUAGUGGCCCUUCUGGAAGCUGCUGUUUCCUCAUCCUCAGACCCGGAGGUGUUGCGUCGCCUCACCUCCAGUGUGUCGUGUGCCCUGGACGAAGCUGCUGCCGCACUCACGCGCAUGCGCUCAGAGACAGUUGGGGGAGGAGCAGCCGCAGCAGCAGCCACAGUGGGAAGCAGCAGCAGCAGCAGCAGUAGCAGCAGCAGCAGCAGUAGCAGCAGUAGCACCCCUGGGGACGGACAGCGCACCCUGGUGGAGGCCUGCACAGACGGGGACGUGCCCACCGUCCGCAGGCUGUUGGACGAGGGCAGGUCUGUCCACGAGACCACCGAGGAGGGGGAGAGCCUCCUCUCUCUGGCCUGCUCUGCUGGGUAUUACGAAUUGGCCCAAGUUCUCCUCGCCAUGCGUGCCAACGUGGAGGACCGGGGUAUUAAGGGAGACUGCACCCCACUGAUGGAGGGAGCCUCUGCUGGCCAUGUAGAGAUAGUGAAGCUCUUGAUUGCCCAUAAUGCAGAUGUCAAUGCCCAGUCCUCCUCAGGCAACACCCCUCUUAUGUAUGCCUGUGCAGGAGGACACACCGAUGUUGUCAAGGUCCUGCUACAUCAUGGAGCCAAUGUGGAAGACCACAAUGAGAAUGGCCACACACCUUUGAUGGAAGCUGCUUCAGCAGGCCAUGUUGAAGUAGCUAAGAUCCUACUUGAGAAAGGUGCUGGCAUCAACACCCAUAGCAACGAGUUCAAGGAGUCGGCCCUGACACUGGCAUGCUACAAGGGCCAUCUAGAGAUGGUCAAGUUCCUGCUGGAUGCCGGGGCCGACCAAGAGCAUAAGACAGAUGAAAUGCAUACAGCCCUCAUGGAAGCCAGCAUGGAUGGCCAUGUGGAGGUGGCCCGCCUCUUACUAGACUCUGGGGCACAGGUGAACAUGCCUGCAGAUAGUUUUGAGUCCCCACUUACCCUAGCUGCAUGUGGGGGCCACACAGACUUGGCCCUGCUGCUCCUGGAGCGUGGGGCCAACAUUGAGGAGGUCAAUGAUGAAGGCUACACCCCCCUCAUGGAGGCAGCCAGGGAGGGUCAUGAGGAGAUGGUUACCCUACUGCUUGCCAGAGGUGCCGACAUCAAUGCCCAGACUGAGGAAACUCAGGAGACUGCCCUCACGCUGGCCUGCUGUGGUGGCUUCAGGGAUGUGGCUGACCUACUGAUCAAGGCCGGUGCUGACCUGGAGCUGGGUGCAUCCACACCUCUCAUGGAGGCUGCUCAGGAGGGCCACAGGGAUCUUGUGGAGUAUCUUAUUGAUGCUGGGGCAAAUGUCAAUGCUCAGACCUCCACUGGAGACACCGCUCUGACCUAUGCUUGUGAGAAUGGCCACACUGAUGUAGCAGACCUCUUGCUUCAGGCUGGGGCUAAUUUGGAGCAUGAGAGCGAGGGAGGCCGCACGCCCCUUAUGAAGGCCUGCAGGGCAGGCCACCUGUGCACGGUGCAGUUCCUCAUAGUAAAGAGUGCAGAUGUGAACAAAACUACCACCAACAAUGACCACACCCCGCUGUCCCUGGCAUGUGCUGGAGGACACCUUCCUGUGGUGGAGCUGCUGCUGGUUCAUGGUGCAGACCCACACCAUAAGCUAAAGGAUAACUCCACCAUGCUGAUGGAAGCCAGUCGGGGAGGACACACCAAGGUGGUGCAGCUGCUCAUUGACUUCCCCAACUCCAUCUCUCACCUGUUGCCUGUGGUUGCUCAACCCCACCCCAGUGUGGCCGGGGGCACCACUGGGGGGACGGGAGAGGUGACCACUGGUGCCUCUUUCCUGGAAGGGGACCCACACCCUCUCCCCAUGGGUCUAACUGUGGUCUCCAGCUCAGACCCUCAGACUCCUCUAGUGCUCAAUGCAAAUCAAGCUUUAUUUAAUGAUAUGGAUGAGGGAGGAGUCCCAGGAGGCUCAGCAGUGGUUGCUGGAACUCAGGCCACAGUGACAAAGGUGAAUCGCACCAAGAAUAACCGCAAGCCUGCGUCCAGCACGGCACUUCCCACCACGCUCACUGCAGGCCUCACGCCACCUGCCCCUGCUGUCACGACUGAUAAGACUGUUACCAGUGAAACUCAAACUACCAAGAUUACAUCUGCAAACAACAGUGGCAAAAGUGAAUAUACCCUGUUGACACCGACAUCCCCCACCUCCCCUCCACCCCCUGGCAAUCCCCCUGAGGAAGCAGGAACACUUCUGCGGCCCUGUGAUCGCCUUGACCAGUAUGUGGAUAACCUUGUGAAGAAAGCAGAGCAGCCACACCAGAAUCGUGAGGAGCAAAUCUUACAGAAGCAGCAGAUUCUUGAAGAGUUGCAGAGAGUUGAGAGGGAGUUACAGGGGAAGGUGAUUCCUUUCAGUGGCCCUUAUGAUGCCUCUCGCAGCAGUGGCAGCACCAGCAAUGCCCCUUGCAGCAGUGGGGCCUCUAUCAGCACCUUAGCCAGCAGCAGCAACUCCAGCACCACCUCUAGUACUAGCAUCAUUGCAGGCAGCACUUCUUUGGCAGCUCCCUUGGCAUACCCCCCUGCCUCUCUACACAGCCAUGUGCCCAUUGCCACUCACACGGUAGAGACACAGACUGGCUUUCCUCCAGGUGCUGCUGGGUGGACCAGCCUGCCCCCAGGGGUAGUCAUGUCAGAUUUGCCCCCUGUGGUGUCUCUAUAUGGGGGUGCAGCAGCCUCUGCCUCCCAUCUGCCAGUCUCUCUUCCAGCUGAAGGAGCUCAAGUACCCUCCUCUAUGUUUCCAGGGGGUACCUGCCCCCAGGAGACUGCCGCUGCUUAUUCUGCUUCAUCUGCUUACCACACCCCAACCUCUCCUCCCUCUCUUCCCACACAUAGUAUUUCAUCCUCUGGUCCAGCCACAGUAAAUGUUCCUGUCUCAGAAAGACCUAAGAUGGUACCCUCAAAGAAGGUAGACAAGAAGAAACUGCAAUUACAGCAACAACAGAAGCAACAACAGCCUUCUUCUCAGCCUCAAUCUAUGAUGGUGGUGCAGCGUAGCUCAGGCGUGCCACAGAUUCAGGUUCAACCUGUCCAAUUAACCCAUGGUGUGGAUGGCUCCUACAGUUGUCCAGUGACUGGGCUCACCUCUCAACCCUUGCUUGUCCCUGGAGGAAGUGUGACCUCCCUCCCACCACCUCCUCCCCCAGGUGUUUUGCAUCCUACCAGUGGAGCCUCACAAUGCCAUCCCCCUCCCCCACCACCCCUCCCUCCAACGCUACUUGUAGAGACCACUCAUGAGCACAGCUGCCAGGGCAAGGGCAAGACAGAAGCUGUUGCACCAAGAGGGAAGAUGGAUAAGAAGAGAAGUGUUCCCUCUGAGUGUGACUGUCCAGGUGUCUUACCAAGUGAAGAAGCCAUCAGUAGUGCUGCCUUGAGUAAGGAAAACAGUGGAGCCAGUCGAGAUAGUGAGCCAGGGGCAGAGGUGGCCCCUCUCACUUCCAUUAGCACCCCACUGCAACUCUCCACGGGGCUUGGGCCAGCCCCUACCGCGGGACUGCAGUUUGUACCCAACACACUCGUAUCCACACCUCAUCUACAGUUUGCACCUUUCCAAGUUGGCACAGGCUCUGUGCCUUUGCAGUAUAGCCAUUUGUCUGCUCUGGGGAUGGGGCAGGCAGUGGCCAGUCAGCCAGUCACCAGUCAGACUGCUGCUGCAGCAGCUGUAGCAGCCCAGCAACUACAAGUCAUAGGUCCUUCAGGUGUGUCCUCUACUACCAGUAGCAGUGUGACCAGUGCCAGUGCCAGCACCCCUCCUGUGACAGGAGCUGCAUUAUCUAAUAAGUCCCAGGUGAAGAAGUUCUUACUCCAUCCUCCUCAACUCGGAAUCAAUACCACGGAACUGAGCGGGCAGCAGAGGGCAUCCUCCAUGGGACCCCUCCUCCACACCAGCCCUGCAGCACCCCACCCACCCAGCCUCAACCAGCCCUCCAAGAAGAGCAAGAAACAGGUCCGUGGCAAUGCCAACAAGCAGGAGAGAGAGGGUCAUCUCAGUCUCCCUGUAAGUGUGGAUGGAGCUGUAGUCCAGGAUGGGACAUCAGCUUCCCAUCACCAAACAGUUGCAGCAGGGCUACCUCUGGACUCCUCUGGUCAAGGUGUGGUAUAUGCAAACACCCACACAAUGGCCCACUUUCCAGCUACCAUUGCAGCCCCGUCUGGUACUCUGCCCCUCACUAAUGGACCAGUGACAACAUUUGGUCAGGGCCUUCACAUGAAUGAAACUGGGUUAAUGGUAGCCACCCCAGCUGCCCCAGCCAAGAUCCUCAAUGACCAGUUACCAGAUAUGAUCACCACACCUACUGCCCAGGUGGGUGGUGGUCAACUGGGAGUGGGUGGAGUGCCUGUGUCUGUGGCUGUUCCUUACAUGGGUGACGGAAGUGUUCAGUAUGAUGGCUCAGCUGGGAUUGGUCCUGGAGGUGUGUGCCAUUAUUCAACACCGAUGCCGUCAAACCUCGUGGAUGUAGACAUCGAAACAGAUUCCAAUCACGACACUGCCCUCACUCUGGCAUGUGCUGGCGGCCAUGAGGAACUGGUGCGGCUUCUCCUCACUCGUGGGGCCAAUAUUGAACACCGAGACAAGAAAGGAUUCACUCCCCUCAUUCUGGCAGCCACUGCUGGCCAUGCCAAGGUAGUGGAGGCCCUGCUGAACGCCGGUGCCCACAUUGAAGCCCAGUCUGAGCGUACCAAGGACACUCCUCUCUCCCUGGCCUGUUCUGGGGGCAGAUAUGAGGUUGUGGAAAUCUUGCUGCAGCGAGGUGCCAACAAGGAACACCGUAAUGUGUCUGACUACACCCCACUCUCCCUGGCAGCCUCUGGGGGCUUCGUUAAUAUUAUCAAGCUUCUGCUAGACAACGGGGCAGAGAUUAACUCUCGCACUGGUUCUAAGCUGGGCAUCUCUCCACUCAUGCUGGCUGCCAUGAAUGGACAUGUUGCAGCUGUCAAGCUCCUUUUGGAUAUGGGUUCAGAUAUCAAUGCCCAGAUUGAGACCAACCGCAACACGGCCCUCACACUGGCCUGCUUCCAGGGUCGCCAUGAAGUGGUGUCCCUCCUGCUGGACCGCAAGGCCAAUGUGGAACACCGGGCAAAGACUGGCUUGACCCCCUUGAUGGAAGCAGCUAGUGGAGGCUAUGUGGAGGUGGGCAGAGUACUGCUUGACAAGGGUGCAGAUGUCAAUGCCCCUCCUGUACCUUCCUCAAGGGACACAGCUCUCACCAUUGCUGCUGACAAAGGCCAUUACAAGUUUGUGGAGCUCCUUAUUCAGAGAGGUGCACAAGUGGAGGUGAAAAACAAGAAAGGCAACUCUCCUUUAUGGUUGGCAGCCAAUGGUGGCCACUUGGAGGUGGUACAACUCCUCUAUAGUGCAGCAGCAGACAUUGACUCCGAGGACAACCGGCGAGUCUCCUGUCUGAUGGCAGCAUUCAAGCGUGGUCACUAUAAAGUGGUAAAGUACAUGGUACGCAACGUGUCUCAGUUUCCUUCAGACCAGGAACUGCAACGAUAUAUUGCCACACUGGGAGAUAAAGAGCUCAUCACCAAGUGCACCAACUGUCUGGAAGUGAUAAGGGCAGCAAAAGACAAGCAAGCUCUAGAAGCCAACAAGAAUGCCUCCAUCCUGCUGGAGGAGCUGGAGCAGGAACGCUCACGAGAGGAAUCCAAGAAGGCAGCUGCCUCCAGACGAAGACUUAAAAAGAAGGCCAAGAAACAAGAAAAGAAAGAAGAAAAGAGACGCAUGGAGGAAGUCAAACGUAAUGAUGAUGCCAGUGACAACUAUGAAGAUGAUGAAUUUGAAAAUGGCAGCAAUGAGGAUCAAGAGCAGCCGGAAGAUCAGAGCAAGAGGGAGAAGAAUGAAGUGAAUGCCCUUCAGCGUGCUGUGGACCAGAUUGCUCCUGAAGAGAAGGAUGGUGACAGCGGCAUUGACUCGAAUAGUCAGACCAGUGCCACCUCAGAGACGAAGCCAGCAGAAGAGAAGGAUAAGCAGAGUAAGAGGACUAAGAAGAAAAGGAAGGAAUCAUCUGCGAAGGAUGCGAAUGGCACUGCUGGUCAGAAGCUCAGUGCCGCGCCAUCCUCCGUCCCUCACAGUGAAAGUAGUGAGCUGAAGAAGUCAGCAUCCACCACAUCUGCCUCCACUGUCACUCAGCCACACUCCAGUGCCUCAAAUAAUACCUCCUCCAAAAGCAAGAAGAAGAAGGAAGAGGAGAACAAAGCUAGUGGGGUCAUGAGUGAACUAAAUAUCUUCCAUGUUGAUAACGUUAAGCCCACAUCCAACAAUGUCAACAAUAAAAAAGGCAGCCAUGAUUCCUCUCGCAUCAGUGCCCUUGACACCUUUGGGGAAGUGGACCAUUAUGUGACUCCUAUCCCUGGCUUGGUGGGCAGUGCCUCUACUACACUUAGUGCCCCCUCACUCAGUCCCAAUGCUAAGUCUGCACCAGGCCUGGGAACCAGCCCCAAGAAAGGAACACGGAGAGAAGAAGGUUGGAAGGAGGUGAGUCGCAAGGCAAAGAAAGUGGCUGUUCCUAAUAGUGCCAUCAGUCGUGUCAUUGGGCGUGGAGGCUGUAACAUCAACACUAUCCGUGAGGUGUCUGGCGCCCACAUAGAGGUGGAGAAACAAGGAAAGAGUCAGGGUGACCGCAUGAUUAGUAUCAAGGGUUCCACCGAGGCUACACGGCAAGCACAGAACCUCAUCUCAGCCCUUGUCAAGGACCCUGACAAAGACUUGUCAGAGUUGCUUCCAAAGUCAGUGACCAAAGUUGCUCCCAAACCUUCAAAAAUUAAUUCUGAUUCCAUGGGCCAAGGUGGAGGCAAGGGACUCAGACCAGCAAGCACCAUCGGCAUUAGCAUGGCCACUGUCACAUCAUCUACUGUCAGCAUAUCGGUAGCCAAAUCUGGUACCACCACCACCACUGCCUGGUCCAAUGCUGUGUCCUCCCCAAAGCGUACACCAGCUCAAGGACGACCCGUGUCUGGUGGAGGCCUCCCCGGCGCCAACUCCAAGAGUCCAGCAGUGCGGCAGCUGUUCCCAGGGGACAAAAAGGCUGGACCACCUCAGUCUGUUGCUAAAAUCAUGAACCCAAACCUCCCAAGUAGUGCAUCCAUGCAGGUUGAACCACCACAGACAUUUGCUGCCAAGCUUGCUGACCACAAAAAUAUUAACAAGAGUUCCACACCACCCUUGGUAGCUUCUCCAAAGCCUGCACCACACCAAGGAAUUAACAACAGCAAUGCUGUCAAUGUCAACAAUAACACUGCCACCAUUGCUAUUGCCAGCAACAGCAACAACAAUAAUAGUGUUAUGAAUGCUGUUGAAAGUGGAGCUGCAGAGGAUAACAAAGCUAAUCCUGAGGCCAACAAUAACAACACCAAUGCCAACAAUAAUAACAACAGUGGUGGCCCUGUUGGUCAGCAGUAUUCUAUCUUCAAUAACCGGUUAAGCCAGGUGACUCACGAAGCUAUGUGGGGCCCCAAGGAGAAGCAGGUUAAUUUUGCAGCCGUUGCAGCAGCUGGGUUGGUGCCUAAUGGUAGUAGUGGCAACAAGAUGAUGCCACAGCCUCAUCAGCCCCACCAACCCCAACUUCCCCAUGCUGCUUCCACUUCCUACCCUGAACCUGUGGAGCAGCCUCCAAUGGCUGAGGUGACUCGUGCUCCUGGGUACAGGGGCACUGCCUCCACUGUUACUGUUACUACCCACACCAGCCACAUGGCUUCAGUGUCCUCUGGGAGUCCCCCUGGGAGUGUACCUAUGCCCAUGCCUUUGUCUGGACCUCAUCAACCUGUGGCCAGCAACAUGGCCCGCAGUGCCCCAGGGACACCUGUGGCGUCCCCUUCCAUGAGGCCCAUUGCGCCUCCGCCUUCACGCCAGACAGCCACUCCCCCACCCAUUCCCCGGUCAUCGAUGGAGAUGGCUGCUGUUGCACCUUUUGCACUACUACCAGGCCCCUCACGCACCCCACCACCUGUGUUGUCUCCUCUGGUGAGGCUGCCCAUGCCUUCUGCCUCGCUAGGACCUGGUGCUCCCUUGCCACCCACCCGUGGUCCCUUGUCACAGUCUCCACUGAACAUGGGACAACAGCCUUACUCUGGAGUCUCCAUUGCUAGCUUGGCACCAGGUGGCCCUGUGUCAUCCAUGCCUCGUGGUCCCCUUCCUCCUCCAGACCACAAUGAACUGGUGAACUUGGCACCUGGACAGCCCUACCGUAAGGCUCCACCACCACCCUUGGAGAUGGGGUCAUUCCACCAACAGAAACAGCAGCAGCAACAGCAGCAACAGCAGCAGCAACAACAGCAACAGCAACAACAGCAGCAGCAGCAACAAUCUUUCUCUACCUUGGCUCAGCUGGCAGGCAUGAUGAAUGGGCCACGUUUCACCACCCCUCAGACCAAUACCCAUCCAGUUUUCACCAACAACAUUAUGGCUCCCAUCUCUGCUGCACCACAAAUACAGAGCAACCUCAACCCCAAUGCACCAGACUUUACCAGCAGGUCAGGAGCCUUUGUGCCGUCUGCCUUCCCUCCCCGCUCCCAGCUAGCUGCUUUUCAGAAUGGAGCCCCCACUGUCACUCCCUCACUAGGCUCUGCCUUUGGGGGAAUUGGGCAGUUCCCUGCAGGCAUUGAGGCAUCUCUGUCACUCCCUAAUACUUUGAAUGAUAUGAUGGGACUGAUGCCCCGCAAUCCUCCACCUUUAGCCUCCAUUCCUGUGUCAGUGGGUGGAAAUGCUGCAUUCAGAAACAGUGGUGGACCUAAUCAGGACAACACUUCACCCUUGGCCUCACCCCACUCCUCCAACCCUGCCUCCCCUACCCAGACUGCAUCCUCAGGCAACGCUGGAGGCCUUGCCCAGCUGCCUGAAGAACGUCACACCAAGCUGCAGCCCAUAGGCACUGAGCGGGCCCAGAAGAGAUCAGAGCGUUGUGCAGGCGUAGUUGGAGGAGGACGUGGGGGUGUUGGUGGUGUGUUCAACAAUGACAUCCCUUGGCCAAUGCCACUCCCAGAGAUGCUUGGAGCACCCCACAUGGAACGCACCCUUCCAGCAGCCAACCCAUACUACAAUGACCUGGACUUAAAUCAGUAUGGACAACUAUGGAACUGGGGUGACAUGAAUCCGCAAAUGUAAGACUACACCUCUGAUGUGAGGAAAGCAGCAGCAAUAGCAGCAACAGCAGUAUGAAGUGAUGGUGUGAGGAACUUGGUGGCACGGCAGAGCACCAGUGACUUAAGGAAUGGUGGCAGCAGCAGCAGCAGCGGGCCGGCACUCUCAUUGCUCACUCCGCAUAUUUCAUCAUCCUCAACAGAUCUGCUUGCCUCAAAAAUCUUCUGAAAUUACAUGCUUUUGAUUGUAGUCCUUGUGGUUUGGGUGACAUGUAAACUCAGUGAAAUUGCUUCUUCAAGAUGUAAGAAUUACGUGGAUGGUACCUGUAUGUACCAAUGUUUUAGGUCAUUAAAGCAUUUUAAAGUGCCACUUUAAAAUUGAGUGAUGUAUGAUAACUGUUAAUGUUUUCAAAGGUUUAAAGGCAACCUCAUAUGCAAUCGCUGUGGUGUCACUCGUGUUGACAUGGUUAUGAGAUUUUGUUGCUUGCCCACAUAAGGAUUAUUGGUAGCAUUAUGAUGCAACUCAUGGGUGGCCUCAUAAACUUGGUAGGAUAUAUUGGUGGGGUCUUGAACCACCACCACCUUAACAUGAGAGGACUCUGUUGUCCCGUGCGGCCGUUCCCACCGCCCCACUGAGCAGCCCAUCCCCUUCAAGGCUGCCCGGGGGCGGUGGUGUGCAAGAGCCGCCCAGUAGUGCACUUGGGCACACACUGCGCCUGCCCACUGAACUUGCUGCUGGCCUGGAUGGGCAGACUGGCCCCACUUGACCUACCCAUGCCUGCAGCCCCUGAUGACCGCUUGUAGUCGGCUUGUCACUGGUUCGCCCCGCACUGGGGUCUUCAUACACUCACGUUUGCAAUCUUGUGUUUACUUCAUUGUAUGCAAGUCAAGUCACUAGAAGGCAACGUAUUGUCUUGAGUUGAGCAACCCUUGGCAUUCCUUCCAUCCCUCCCAUCCCCUUUCCCCGCCCCCGCUGCCCGCCUCCCCCUCGCCAACAUCCACUCGGUGACGAGCGGCUACCAUACCGCCGCCUGCUCCAAGGUCGUACUUGUAUAUGCAGCAGUAAUUAUAAUAAAAGCUUAACUAUCCACACCUAAUAUGUGGAAACAUUAAAAAUUUAUCAGGCAGUAAGUUCAUUCUUUACCCUCGAGAGCUGCAUCAUCAUACUGUUGGAUCUGUGAUUACAGGGCUCUGGUCUGCUCUGCUGUUGAGGAUUUUCACAUUGAGGAACUUGCUUAUGUUGUAAUUCUGGAAAAUUUGUCAUGCAAGAUAGAAAGUCAUUGCAGUAAGUCACUUGUAGGUUUUUGGUUGCACGAUGAUUAUGACGCUAACGGAAUUUGUGUGUAGUGCUGAAGAGAAAGGAGUGAGAAUUAGAACCCAUGGAGGGUACUGUGGUGCAGCCUCUAGUAUGGAACAUAAUUGACAUCUUGGCUGUCAACACCCUCAGAUUUCUCACUUUUUAUUUGCCACAUCUUUGAGAUUGGAUGGAGUGGUUUUAUUCUUUGUAUUUGGUUGUUAAUGAAUUAUACAUGGAAAAUAGUUAAAA